ACUUACUAUCACACACAUACACGCCGCUUUUGGUUAUUAUUUUUAUUUUUAGAAACUGGAUAAUUUUUCUAGCUUCCUAUUAGAUAGAAUAGUGGUCUAAAGCCAUAUCGCUUAUCUUCUUGAUUUUCCUCAAGUCAUUUUCAAGUUCGAAUUAUACCGAAGGAAUUAUACGAUUUCGAAAGAAAAGCCAUGAAUUUAGCCAAGUUGUCUAUGGAUCCUGUCAAUUUUUAAAUGGUAAUCUCGUUCAAUCAUUUUGAUCAUAAACAUUUACUCUAGCGGGCUAUAAUCAUUCAUUCAUUCAACGAAUUCGGCGACCGCUACGUUUUGUUUGUAUUUAAUUUACAAAAUCUGUAUCUUUUUAUGAGAAUUUGUCUAUUCCAUCAGAAAUAUGUCUUCUCUGGCAGAAGAAAGCGUGCGGCGUAAUAGCGAAAGCGAAGGUGGUGAACCAGAUACUCCUGAACACGACCCUCACUAUGAACCUAUCGUUUCCCUACCCCUGGUUGAUGUGAAUACAAAUGAAGAAGAUGAGGAGGAAUUGGUAAAAAUUCGAGCCCGGCUUUAUAGAUAUGACACUGCGGACCACGAAUGGAAGGAGCGUGGCACAGGCGAUAUAAAAUUGUUACGCCAUAAAGAAAACAAUACAGUCCGUGUAGUCAUGAGGCGUGAUAAAACUCACAAAGUGUGCGCAAACCACUUUAUAACACCAGAUAUUAGGAUGAAUGUCCAUUGUGGCUCUGACAAAGCUUUCAAUUGGUCUGUAUUUGCCGACUAUGCAGAUGAAAAAUGCAAACAGGAGCUCCUUGCUAUUAAAUUUGGAAAUGCACAAAAUGCAGAAUUAUGGAAAAAGAAAUUUGCAGAAGCUCAAGAAAUAGUAAGAACGAAAUGUAGUUUAUAUACACAAGACCAGUCUUCAGAUGAUGAAAGCAGCAUCACUCGAAGUGAAGACACAGAUACCCCUGAACCCAAGAGCACAGACAAACUAGAAGGGGUUGAUUCCGAAGGUGUAGUGUUAAAACUAAAAGAACUUUCAGUGGAAAGUGAAAAGGCAAAUUAACAAUAACAAAACUUUUAAAAAUUAUUUGUAUAAGGGCCAAUGAGUAACAUGGUAUUUUGAUUUUAGUUCUAAUUUUACAUUAACUUCAUUAUUAUUCAUAGGUUGACUAUAUUCCAUAAUAUUCUAUAUAUGCUUACUGAACAAUGAUACUUAUUUUUUAUGUUUCUAUUAGCUGCAGUUUUUUUUAUAGAAUUCUAGAUUCUAAUUAUAAUGAACACAGUGUGUAGGUAUGUUUUAGCAUAAUAUUUUUUAUUAAUACAUUUUAUGUUGCAUGUUACUAUUGGUAAAAGCUUGUAUGGAUAAUGUUACAAUGUCAAAAUUAUGCAUUGUGGAAAGUUUAUUUACUUUGAUUUUGAUGUAUUAUUUACAAUUUUCUCAUGAAAAAAACAUUAACUACAUUUUCUGAAUCUUCAUGAUUUACAUGAAGUUCUGUGUAGUUAUGUGGCAGGGACUGGUGUGAGUUUAUGUAUUUACAAUACAAAAUGUGAACAUGCCAUGCUGGAAACCACAAUUCAAGCAUUAUAGUUUAAGAUAAGGUAGGAUAGGAUAUGAGUUGGCUAUAUUAUUUUACUUUGACUUACAUUACUUUUGUUUUUCUUUUCAUUGUACAAAAUUAUAUAAUUGUAUUUCAUUUCUCUAUACAGAAUAGCUUAAUGAAGGAAUUGCUGUGUGCUAAAAAUUACAAGAAAUAUUUUUACAUCAAUUUUAUUAUGAAGUUUGUUAUCAAGACACUAAGUCUUCAUUACUUCCUUCUGUAACUCGAUACUAACUGAAUUGAAAUUACAACUGUAUACUUCCACCAAUUAGAAGAAUAUAGUUAAAAGUCAAGGUCAGAUAAGUAUUCAGUCUAUUCAAUCAUUCAUAGGCCUCAGGUGGAUAUUUUUCAUGGGCAGACCUUUAGGAGAAUAUUGGGCUAUUAUAUUGUUCUCGUAUUUCACGAGAAAAAAUAUUUAUUGUUUCACAGAGUAGACUAUAAAGCAUCUGCUCAGCCAGCUAUUAAUCUCUUUCAAAGACAGUUUGUCUACAGUUAGGUUGAGAAAAUAAUGUAUUGCACUAUUACAAUAGGUAUCUAUGUUGUGUGUAAUUUUCUAUCAUCUGGAAUUUCAACAAAGUAGUUUUGUUUGUAAUAUUAACGAUUUUAUUUCAAUAUCUUUCAUGUCAACUUUUGCAUUUUGAAUUUAAUUUUAUUUUCCAUGAUCUGAAUGAUAAUUAGCUGAUAUUGUAUAAUUUUCAUGUUAUUUUUUUUUCAUAAAAAGGGUGUGUCUGUUUUAAUGUGUAAAAUGUUACAUUCCUGUUUAUAGAGCGAAUUGUGAUUAAUAUCCAAAAAUUUGUCAAACCAACAAGUUUAAUUAACUUGUGGUCUUUCAAAUACAUAAUUAAAGUGAUUUCAUAGAAAAAAUGAAUUUUAUUUUAAUCUGGCAGCCUCCUUGGUCGGCAUACACACUUUGAACCCUUGAGUUUUAGAAAAUCCUAGAUAUUGCCACACAAAAAUUUCUCUCUUCUUGGGUAAUAUAAUUGUAUAAAAUGUUUCAUAAAUAUUGUCAGUUGAAACCUAUGGCCAUACAAAGUCCUCUACAGCAAUUAGUCUUGCACUAGUGUGUUCAGCUAAUUAUAUUUUUUAAUGAUAAUGACAAAAUAAUUGGACUGGAAGUUUCUCUUACCAAACAGUAAUAAUAGAUUAAAUGUGGGAUUUCAUGCCCUGCAUAAAAUAACCAUUAUUCAUGUUGAAUGUUAUGAAAAUAAAAACCAUCAGUAUUAAUAGUGUCUCACUAUAUUUGUACAAUUCAAAUAAAUUACAUUUGUGCAAUUGUAACCAUUUCACAACACACAUUACAAACUUUGUGUCAGAUAAAUUAAAUAUUAAAAUUGGCCUACCAUUUGGAAUGUAGAAAAAAAUGGCUAGGAAAUUACAGCAUUGUAAAUUAUAUAUUGCUAAGUGUUGAUUCUAGCAUGAUUGUCUAAAUCUAAACUUAAAUUUGAUAAGUGUAUUCAUUCUCUAUACAGAAUGACAAGGAGAGACUGGUUAAAUGGAGUUUCAAGAUAGAGAAUCACACCUGAAUUAACACCAAUGUCAUACUUGCAAUAUAGAUCAUAAAUUGUGGCUUAUACUAAAAUUGACAAGAAACUUGCAUGCCCUAAUUGAUAUGUCAAAAAUUGUGACAUUAUUAACUUAAAUUUAAUGAAUAGAAUGAAAAAAAAUAGUUAUGAAAUCUUUUGAGCACAGUGGUAAUAUCUAAUAAAUUACUGUAAAGUCCCUUGUUAUGUUAAUCACAGGUCUUCCUUGUUUUGUUUUCCAUUUUUAUCAAAAAUCUGGAAUGACUGUAGAAUGUUAAGCCUCAUGCCAAGUUCUUUUUUCUUUUCCUCUGAUAUUUUACCACUUAGUAAUUUUUUCACUCUAUCAUUCUCUGAUUUAACAAAAUCAUCACCCUUUUCUAGAACUUUCUCCAUUAUUGUUUUAUAUAUUUUUCCAGAUACAGUAUCCUGAAAUAUAUGUAAAAAAAGAAUUUAAAAUGUAGUCAGUAGAUACUAUGUUAAAAAAUAAAUGAAUAUGUUCAAUAUAACAAUAAAAUGAGGGACAUAAAUUCUGCUACUUGCCUUUUCUCUCAAAUUUGUCAGAACUUCUUCAGUUUUAGCAAACAGUUUUUUCCUCUCGUCUGUUUUGGCUUUUAUAAAUUUAGUGGCGAGUUUGUCUAGUUCUCGUACGCAUCCUGGUAAGCUGAGGUACAAGCCGGUAUUUUCCCGCACAAACCGCCGUAGUUCAUCACUAGUAAAACCUUUGAUAUCAUCAAAUGCUAUUGGCUCUGUUUUGCCUUUGACAAAUAACUUUACGACAGGAAAGUUAUCUUUCGUAGCCCCGUACUUCUUUGCUAAUUCUUCAUUAUCUUUUUCACCGUAAUCCUUUACUCCGACUUCGGCGACUAAAAGUUCAUCCACAUCCUUUGCGUCUUUUGCGAGCGCCACGAAAGCAUCGUGUUUAUCACCGUAUGGGAAAGCCACAUCGAAUUUUAUGAGUGAAGCUUCAAACUUUCCAGUAAUUUUAUCAAAAGAAUAUUCAUCUAAUUCGACCGAACCAUGGGAUGUUGCAGCUUGAUACGUAGAAGGUACAAUUAAAGAUAUAGACAGAAACAAAAGCAACUGCAUUAUUAGUAUGGUACGGGUUUAUUCUAGAAUAUUGUAUGAAAUUGUAAGAUCUGACCGUACUUUUACAAAUUAUAAAACUAAACAAAUCAAGCAAUUCACUCAGCCGCUCGAUUUUAUUGACUGACGUUUAAUUCUGUUUUCUAUUACAAAAGUGACAAACUAUACAAAUACAUUCCGUUACACGCUACAAAAUAAUGAUAUUUCUUUUUUUAAAAGUCAC